UUUGCAAGUUGCCCUGCAGGAGGUCUGGGCUUUGUCUUUCUUGCUGAUGGGAGGUGAGAUGACCCCAGUGUCCACUUCUCGAGUGUCAGACUGAAGGGCUGAUGUAAGGACUGCAAAAAUGUCUUCCACUUUGCAAGGAGCCAUGGAAGAUCUUAUCAAGGUCUUUUACCGCUACUCAGGAAACGAAGGUGACAAGUACAAGUUGAACAAGAAGGAGCUGAAGAAGAUGCUCCAGGAGGAACUCUCAGAAUUCCUGAAUGGUUCAAAUGAUCCCACUAUGGUUGAGAAGAUUAUGACUGGCCUAGAUGACAACAAAGAUGGUGAAGUGGACUUCCAGGAGUUUGUGGUUUUGGUCGCUGCACUGACUGUGGCUUGCAACGAGUUCUUUGUGGAUUGUCUUAAACAGAACAAGGGCUCAAACUAAGCUGGAAAGUUGGUUCAUGACAUUGAAUCUGACAGGAUCUACAAAUGUAGAAGUGUAUAUCCUCACACAUCAUCUUGGAAGAUGGCCAAUAAUUUACAUUUACCUAUCCAUCAUUGGUCUGCCAUCUUUAAUAAAACAUAGUGUUUAA